CUUUGGGCCAUGAUUUCAGGGGCUCUGGUCUUGAAACCUUUCUAGACUGAUUCUGGCCUGUCUCCAGCAUUCCUGGGAAGUAACAUGAACUCUCAAAGGUGGGAGUGCUGUCUGGCUCUGGAACGUCUACUUCUACUUCACUUGUUCCUGGCAACCAGCAUUCAAGGUCAUUCACAACGUCAGAUGAUCGCCGUCUCCGGCAGCAACGUGAGCCUACACAUCUCCAAUUUGCCUGCUCUCUCCAGGGUCACCUGGUUUUACACCGCCAACCAGAAGAUUGUAGAAUGGGAGUCCAACAGGACUAACUUCUUCAAUUCUAAGUUUAAGAACAGAGCUAGUCUUGAUGAAAGGUAUGCACUAUGCAUCUACAAGGUCCGGAAAGAGGACAGCAGCACCUACAUCCUGAGGGUGCUGAAGGACUCUGGAAAAGAGGAGGACUGGACUAUCUCACUGGAGGUACUUGAUCCUGUACGUAAACCUGGCAUCAAAAUUCAGACGUUACAGGAGGUGAACAAUAGCUGUCAUCUGAAACUGUCAUGUGAGAUCUCAGGCCAAUCAGCAAACUACACCUGGUAUGGGGAUUCAGGGCCCUUGCCCACAGAUCUCCAGAGUCCUGUGCUUGAAAUUACUGUUUACCGACAAAAUUUUUCCAGCUAUUACACCUGCCAAGCCAGCAAUCCUGUGAGCAGCAAGAAUGACACCAUCUACUUCAGCUCACUGUGUAAACUAGCCAAAUCCUCUGGAGUAGCUUGGAUUGCAACAUGGCUAAUAGUCAUGGUACCUAUUGUUCCUGGCCUCCUAUGGACCUGAGAUGAGCUCUGCUAACUCCAGAGUGGAACUUUAAGAUGAUCGGGUCUUGCCUUCAUCGGUAACCAUGCUGUGAACCAACGCAGGUGCUCUGACUACGUGGGAUGGCAGAAAGUGUGCUGUUGCAUCUGCCAGGAUUUUCAAAUCAACUCUUUAAAAAGUACAGCUAAUGUUUUAUUUCACAUCCCCUACUUGUUUUCCAGCACACAUACACAGAUACACAUGCAUCCCUCCCACCAAAAGUUGUGAUCACAUUAUGCAACAUUUUCUCGUUUGAAUAAAUAUUUGAUAUGACCCUCAA